CACCGAGGUCUGCUGGAGACGUGAAGCUCCGCGGUGCUGAACCAGACCUUGUGUCGUGCUUCACAAACAAAAAGUUAAAUGCAUCUGUCAGCUAUAAUUCAUAUCUCUGGAUAUGAAGCAUCCGUUCCAUCCAGCAGUGACACACGAUGUAGCUGAUUUAGUGAAUGUCAGUGCAUGAGACUUUCUUAAACUCAUAUAAUACUGUGAGAUAUUCUACAGCAGCCGACAUGUGAGCUUUAACUUCUGUGAUUCGCACAAACACUCAUUAAAUCAGCUCUCUCACUCACACACACACACACACACACACACACACACACACACACACACACACACACACACACACACACACACACACACACACACAAGGCCUGGAUGUUAGAGAGGAGGUGAAGGAAAAGCAAGAUGAGGAGAGGCCGGAAAAAAGGAGGUAAUCGGGACAAAGUGUUCGGAUGCGACCUGCUGGAGCACCUCAACUCCACCGGACAGGACAUUCCUCAAGUGUUGCGCAGCUGUAGUGAGUUCAUCGAGAAACAUGGGAUCGUCGACGGGAUCUACAGACUCUCUGGAGUGUCAUCCAACACACAGAAGCUAAGGAGUGAGUUCGACAGUGAAGGAUCUCCUGACCUCAAUAAGGACCUGUAUCUGCAGGACAUUCACUGCGUCAGCUCUCUGUGUAAGGCGUAUUUCAGAGAGCUGCCCAACCCUCUGCUCACAUACGAGCUGUACGACCGCUUCGCCGACGCAGUGGCGGUUCAGCUGGAGGACGAGCGGCUCGUGAAGAUUAAAGAGGUUCUGAAGGAUCUACCAGCUCUUCAUUACAGGACACUGGAGUUUUUGAUGCGUCAUCUGGUCAAGAUGUCCACAUUCGCCUCUCAGACCAACAUGCACGCCAGGAACCUGGCCAUCGUCUGGGCCCCGAACCUCCUCAGAUCGAAGGACAUCGAGUCGACCGGUUUUAACGGCACCGCGGCGUUCAUGGAGGUUCGGGUUCAGUCCAUCGUGGUGGAGUUUAUUCUCACUCAUGUGGCCGAGGUUUUCUCAGGAAGCGGAUUGUCUGCGGAGCGCCGGAAGUCCCUGCCAUCUCCCUCCAUACUGUCCUGUUCGGACGAGCCUUUCUUCAAGUCUUUACCAUUCUGUCCAGGAAACCUCAGUCCAGGAGACGGACCUCCGCCCAUGCGGCCGUACCACGCUAUUAUUGAUGGCACUGACAAGAGGAAGGGCUCCCUCAAAGGAAGGAAGUGGAAAUCCAUUUUUAAUUUGGGCGGGAGACUCCAAGAUCCACGCAAGAAGAACAAAUACUGCCCUAAAGAUAAAGAAAAGACGGCUCUGAGGCCGGCGAAGAGCAUGGACUCUCUGAGCUCAGGUCCUUUUGCAGUAGACGAUUCCAAACAUCCUCCUCCUCUGGUUCUGUCCACGGUGUCGGGCAGCUCAGAGGGCGUGGCUUCUGUCGGUGGGGGCAUGUCCAGUGGAUACGCAGUGACCUACAGGCGAACAGGCGGAGCUCAGGUCAGCAUGGUGAGUGGAGGAACCGCGGGAACUUAUAACCGUCUGGAGUCUGGGGGCGGAGCCGAGGGCAUGUCACAGGGCGUGGCCAGAUCACCCGGAAUGACCAGCAAAGCAGACCGGCGCGCUGGGAUACACAUAUCAGGGCCAUUUUCUGUGACCGUCCCGCUUCAUAUAACGUCUGGAUUGGCUCUGGGUGUUCUGCACGGCGGAUGGAACGAGAAGGAACAAACUCUGCAAGGAGAUGAAGCUGAAGACGAGGACUUUAAGAGCACAGAAACAGAGACAGAGUCCACAGAUGGGAAUCCACAGAGCAAAAAUGAUGAUGUUCAAGAGGGGGAAAGAGAAACUAAUAGUUAUGUGAAAAGUCAGGUGGACUGUGGGAAGGAUAUAGCAGAGAUUACAAAAAAGGAGAAUGACAUGCCAGAAAAAGGAGACGCAUCGAAUGCCAUAGAAGCAGAGAAAGAACAUCUGAGUCCGAAUCAAGAGUCUUUUGAGGAAAAUGUAGAAGAUACACAACCACAAAACAAAGUGGAAAACACAGAAGAGGAUUACAUGGACAUGAGAGGAAACCUACAUCAAGAACCCGUCAGUCCAAACUACUAUGAGGACAUGGAGUUUCCAGACCCAGAUCUGCCAAUGGAUUUCCAGGAAGCCUUCGGGUUCCUGGAUUCGAUGGACAGCUGUGCUGCAAACCAGGUUGAGUUCUCAGUCGAGGCGCCUUGUUUUGAGAACGAAUAUGAGGAUGAGGAGGAUGAAAACAAGGACAGUCUGUCGCAAAACUGCACUAAUGAGCGUCAAACACCUGCAGCCAAAGGCAACAGCCCAUCCUUCACACACAGGCCUCUUCCUGGAAAAUCACACAGCCUGCCAUUUAAGUCCUGCCCCUUCCUGCCGGCCCUCUCAUUAUCCUCAGACGACGAGUACAGUCCUGCUGAUGAUGAUGAUGAUGAUGAUGAUGAUGAUGAGUCUGAUAAAGGUUCUGAAUAUGAGGAGAUGUUUUGUAGGAGUCUCCCAGCCAGUCGGGGUUUUCAGAGACUGUCAUGGUCUUGUCCACAAACCACCGCUGACUCAUUUACUAGCAAUGAUAUAGAUCUUCACACUAACCAAUCAAACGCACUUCCUCCAGAGAACAACAAUGAUGUGCAACCCAUCGACCAAUCAGAAGAUGCGAUUCCUGCAGCUUCUGCAUUGACAGACAGUAGUGAACCUGCCUUUGACCCAUCAGUUUGUGAAGAACAUCUCAGUUCAGCUGUAUUAAAGACAGACGAAGUGUGUAUAGAUGAAAAGAAGAACGACGAGAGAGAUUCAGAGGACGCGGAGAAUGAUAAACAAAAAAUGAUAGGACAAGAGGAUCCAGAGAGUGAAGCCAGUGAAGAAGACACUUAUUUUGGACCGGACUCGAUUCCUUCUUCACCAGAACCCGGCCAAACUGAGACCGACAGCACCAGCGUUCCUGAUCCCAUCCCAGCACUGUCUCCAGCUGAAGAUGCUCAGCAGGUGCUGGAUGCUGACGGUUACCAUGGUAACAGUGAGGUAAUAAUCACCGCUGAGCUCACGGAUGCAGACUGCGUCUCGCUGGCUCCUCAAGACCAACCACCAGAGGAACAAACACAGAUUAUCAAUGAAACAAAGACUGAAGAGGGUCAAACGGUGGAGGAUGAGACGAGAGAGGAAACAGAAGAUAUAGUGGAGUUGGAAAAAUGCACAGAAAAUCAAGGAGAAGAGUGUGAGAACAACAACAAAACAGAUACAGAUGAAGGAAAGUGUGAUGAUGUUGAAGAAGAUGCAAAAUCUGGAUCUGAAGAGGAAUGUAUUGAUGGGAACGAAGAACAAAAACAAGUGGACACAACUGAAAGAAAAGAGGAUUUCAUGGAAAAUAGUGGAGAUUGUGAGGAAAAUGCAAAUGAUGGACCUGAAGAAGGAGAACAAGACAAAUACGAAGCUGGAAGACAAGACGAUUUAGAGGAAAAUAGUGGAGAUUGUGAGGAAAAUGCAAAAGAUGGAUUUAAAGAAGAAGCCAAAAGACAAGAUUUAGAGAAAAACAGUGAAGAAGGAGAUGAAGAACACGCAAAAGGAGAACAAGAACCUAAAAGACAAGAAGUUUUGAAGGAGAAUAAUGGAGAAUCUGAGAAGGUAGAUGAGGAACAUACAAAAGAAGGAGAACAAGACAAAAACGAAGCUGAGAGACAAGAAGAUUUAGAGGAAAAAAAUGGAGAAUGUGAGGAAAAUUCAAAAGAAGGAGAAAAACAUAGAAACGAAGCUGAAAGACAAGAAGAUUUAGAGGAAAGCAGUGAAGGAAUCUCUGAGGAGGACGUGAACGUAAAAACAGAAAGUUCUGUUGAGGGAGAUCUUCCUCCUGAAGGUGGAGACGAUCCGGAAAGGUCCAGACUCAUGCAGCGACCAGAUGAGAUUCAACACGGACAAACAGAAAGCAAAGAGACGGAAGAGGAGAUCUCAGCAGCGCCUCCCAAACGCUCUCCACAUAAACCUGCGAAUCCCUCGAAAGCGGUUCCUGUCGUUCCUCCCAAACCUCAGACCUCCAAACUCACGGCGUUCACGCUCAGAAAACAGCUUCAGGACAGACAACAUGACGAUAAAGAGGCGCAGGGCGAGACAACCGACCAAGAACACGGAACCGAAACUAAAGCGCCGCAGAGAGAAAGCGCAGAGAACUGUAAAACACAGCCGAGGCGUGCUGACGUGGACGGGACGAGGCUGGACUCCGAGGGUCCCACGGAGAGACGGGAAGCGUGGGACGGAGGAGCGGAUCAGAGGAGAGACGCAGACAGAGAGGCCAAGAGGAACAGCGGCAUCAGCAUGUGUUUCGAUGAAGCUGUGGCUCGCACGGAGAAGAGGAGCCGAGGGAGAGAGAGCACAGAGAGACUGUCCGGAGCGCAGUGGGACAGAGACAGCCGGAAAGACGGGAAAACUGACUCACUUGAUAACUAAAGAGGAGAGCAAACCUGUAAAAUAUAAUGUGCAAAAAAAGGUGUUCACAUUUUCUUUCAACAUACUCAUUUUCACAUAUGUGGUUAGAAGGUUUGUAUAGCUGAGAAGUGCAUCUCACAUCAUUUAAUAUCUUAAUAUUCAUGGUCAAAGACGUUAAGAUAUCCGCAUCAAAAGAAAUUUAUAAAAAUGAUUUCAUGUCCAUAGAAAGCACAUUAAAUGUGAGUAAAGUGUUUCAAAUUUUUACGUUUUUGGAGAAUAAAAUUUUAAAAUUUGGCUGAAAUAAUAUUACAUUGUCAUUCAGUGUAACACAAUAUUUAUGUAAAAAUGUAAACAAUGUGCCUAUUCUGAUGUGUACAUAUUAAAAUAUAUAAAAGAAUAAGGGAGCAUAUUAAAAUUGAUUGUGUUUUAGAAAUGCUUACAAAAUUGGCAAAAUGUUAAAAUAAAAUUUUUUUUAAAAAAAAAGUAAAAUUUCAGCUAAUUGGUAUUUGGGGUGAAAGUAAUUAGUUUUUUAAUAUGUCAUAAAUUUAUUUUUGUUGUAAAUAUGCCUGAUGUGAUUGUUACGCUGAAUGAAAUUUUAGUGGGUCUCUUCUGUAAAUCAGGGAAUAAUGUAUGAUAUUUAUUUUUUUGCUCAGGAAAAACAAAAACAAAAUUGGAAUUAAAUUAACCAGAAAAAAUUUGAAUAUUUUUUGGGGCAAAACAGCAACAAUUUAAAGCAGUAUUACACUUGUUUUUAUGCUUCAACCCUAUUUCGUCUUUGACCCUCAUGCAAAAUAAAAAAUAUUGAUUAACCAGUUGAUCAUUUUCAGACUUGUUUAAUGUUUUGAUUGUAUAUCCUAAUGCACUCACAGGAAUAUAAAAACUCAGGAACAAAUGCAUAAGAAACCGAACACAGCCGCUUAAUUAAGACAAUCUGUAUAUGAUGUUUGUUUGUAUUUCAAUCUCUGUAUACAUUUUAUUUCAAUAAAUUAGAAUUUUCAUUA